AUGUCUGACUCAGAACAGGUCAAAGCUGAAACUGAAGAUUAUUACACAGGUUUACCAGAGGAAUAUGAAGAAGAGGAAGAACAAAAUCAUAAUACAUCAAAUUCAAAUAAACGACCACGAGAAUCUGAUCAUAACCAAGAAGAUAGAAAUGAUGUUCAAGAAGAUGAAGAGGAAGACGAAGACGAAGAUGAUGAGGAAGAAGAUGAAGUAUCAAGUAGAAGAAGGAAAAGAAAGAGAGGGGCAAAUCAAUAUUUUGAUAUUGAAGCAGAAGUUGAUGAUGAAGAUGAAGAUGAAGUAGAUGAAGAUGAGGAAGAAGCAGAAAUGUUUAGAGAACAAUUUAUCAGUGAUGAUCAUGGAGCAGAAGACGGAUCUGAAAAUAGAGAUGAUAGAUUACAUAGACAAUAUGAUCGUCGAAGACAAGAAGCCGAAGAUCAAGAUGCUGAACAAUUGGCAGAGACUUUAAAACAAAGAUAUAGAAAAACCCAUUCAGUUUAUCGAGGGGAAACUGCAGCCAAUGGUACAGUAUCACAAAAACUUUUAAUGCCAUCUAUUAAUGAUCCAUCAAUUUAUGCUAUAAGGUGUACACCAGGUAAAGAAAAAGUCUUAGUUCGAAAAUUAUAUCAAAAGAAAAGAACUUUAGAAAGACAAAAAUUGCCUUUAGAUAUUUUAACGGUAUUUCAAAGAGAUUCAUUUAAAGGUUAUAUAUAUAUUGAAGCUAAAAGACCCGACGCAAUUGAUAAAGCUUUACAAGGUAUGGUAAAUGUAUUUGUAAGAGAUAAAUUGCUUGUUUCAGUUAAAGAAUAUCCAGACUUAUUGAAACAAGUUAAAUCAUCAGAUGUCGAGGUUAUUCCAGGAAUCUAUGUCAGAAUUUUAAGAGGUAAAUACAAAGGAGACCUUGCAAUAGUUGAUAAUUUAUCUGAAAAUGGUUUAGAUGUAAGAUGUAAAUUAGUCCCAAGAUUAGAUUAUGGAAGAAAUGAUGAUGUUGAUUCAGAAGGGAAAAAAAUAAGAUCUAAAAUUAGACCUUUACCAAAUUUAUUUAAUGGACAAGAUGCAAAAAUGUAUGAUGGAUUAAACUUACAACAAAAAGGUCCAAAUAGUUAUACAUAUAAAGGUGAAGAAUAUAUGGAUGGAUUUUUAUUUAAGGAUUUCAAAUUACAAUACAUUCAAACCAAAGAUGUACAUCCAACACUAGAAGAACUUGAUAGAUUCCAAACGGGUGGUGAUGGGGAUAAUUUGGAUUUGGGAGCUAUUGCUGCAUCUUUGAAAAAUAAAAAUUUAACCGAUGGUAAACAAUCUACAGCUUUCCAACCAGGUGAUAAAGUUGAAGUAAGAAGAGGAGAACAAGCUAAGACUGUAGGUGUUGUGGUAGAAGCCGCAUUAAAUGAAAUUAGAAUAACAGUUACUAAUAGUGGUGAUCCAAAAUUUGUUAAUCAAAAAUUAACUGUACCUGCAAACGAUUUAAGAAAAUUGUUUAAUGAAGGUGAUCAUGUAAGAAUCGUUGAAGGAAAACAUUUUGAUGAAACAGGUUUAGUUAUUAAAAUUGAUGGUGAUUCUGUCAUUUUAGUAAGUGAUCAAACUAAAGAAGAUGUUAGAGUAUUUGCAAACUACUUAGUUAAAGCAACAGAUGCUUCUUCUAAUGUUGAUGAUAGGAAUUUCAAAUAUGAUAUUAAAGAUUUGGUUGAAUUGAGUGCAUCAACCGUUGGUGUCAUUGUAAAAGCAGAGAAAAACAUUUUUCAUAUUCUUACAGCUGAUGGAAGACUAAUAGAUGUAAAACCAACCCAAAUUGCUUCCAAAUUAAAAUUAAGUCGUAGAGAACAAAUUGCAACUGAUAGAAAUGGAUAUACCAUUAAAGUUGGUGAUACUGUGAAAGAAGCGUUAGGUGACAAAGCAAAAGAAGGAGCAAUUAUUCAUAUUUACAAAAAUUCAUUAUUUAUAAAGUCAAAUGAACUUGUUGAAAAUUUAGGUAUAUUUGUCACGAAUAGAAUGAAUGUUGAAACUGUUGCAACUAAAGAUUCAAUGGUUUCUAAAAAGUUUGGUCCAGAUUUAUCUACAAUGAAUCCUUCCUUAAAACUUCCUGAUCCAUUAGCUAUACAAGGUUUGAAAACUCGUGUUGGAGGAAGAGAUAAAUUAUUAUAUAAAGAUGUUGCUGUAACAAGUGGAAGUUAUAAAGGUCUUAAGGGAAAAGUUACUGAGGCUGAUGAUUUAUACGCAAGAAUUGAAUUACAUACAAAGAGUAAAAAAAUUAAAGUACUUAAAAAUAAUCUUAAUGUUUUAUUUAAAGAUAGAGCUGUUCCUUAUUUAAGAUUCAUUGGUGCAAAUGUUGAUCAAGCACCUUCAGAUUCAUUUAAUCAACCACCAAACACUUUUUCAAGUGGAGAUAGAUCAGUAUGGAAUGGAGGAGCUACACCAGCUGUUGGAGGAGGAGGUGCAUCAACUUGGAAUAGAGGUGGUACAUCUGCUUGGGGUGGUAAUAAAGGCGGAGCUUCAACUUGGGGAGGUGCUUCUGCAUGGAAUGGUGGAUCAGCUGGUGGUAAUGCAUCAGCUUGGGGUGGAAAUAGAGGAGGAGCAUCUGCUUGGGGUGGAAACAACAACAACAAUAAUAAUAAUCAUAAUGGAGGUGCUUCAUCCUGGGGUAAUGGUGCUGGUUCAAGUUGGGGUGGUAAAGGCAACAACUCUACUUGGGGUGGUAAUAAUAAUGGUGGAAAUUCAACUUGGGGUGGUGGAUCAACCUGGGGUAAAAAAGGCAAUAAUAGUAGCUGGGGAAAUCGAUAG